CACCAUGAAAAGCGCUGAAAAAAGAAACAGCGACAAUACUGCACCUGCAGUCGCCGGUCCUUCAGACGAUGCGCCACUAGUACUCUUUGACAUGAACUCCCAUGGCCAGAUUCCUUUAAUCGACAAGGAAAAUCCUUUUUACUGCCCGAGCUUCCCAGCUGCAGCAUAUCUGGCUACCCUCCGGCAAGCUCGUAAAUCGAAUCCUUUCCUUUUUCAAGACAUCUCUUUGCGCUCUUUUUUCUGGAAAAUCGGUCUCUGCUUCACAAAAGAAAACCAAAAUUAUACAAGCAAUUCCAUCCCUCGCAAUAGCCUAGAUGCACCUUUAUGGUCGAGUAGCCCGGCCGUUCAGUCACCAAUCAUCCUCGCACGAAAUCAAGUCUCAGAUGAUUCGCCAGUAUUGCGACGUGGAUCAACUGGGCUGGCAUGGCGGAGAGCUUCUAUGCGCGUCCCGAAGCGUCCUCGGGAUUCUUCCGAGCCUGAAGAUCCCAUCUUUUUUGGAGGACCGUCGAAACGAGGUCGUUCUUCACAAUCCAUUCAUACGAGCCCUGUCGAUAAUAGUGGAAUUGAACCGUUGUCUUAUACUUUGCAUCAUCACGAUCCACUCGCGGAAACAUCUACCUUCGCUCCUGCUCCGACGUGGGUCUAUGAAUCUGAAACAGGAGAUGAGACACCAGUAGACCUUUCUUAUUUGAUGAAUCGCCUUGAAAUGGUCAUCCCGGGCACGGGUGUGCACCAGACGUUCCUAGGAGACCCUCUGGCCGUUCUGCACCUCACUCACCAGAAAAUCACAAAUGUUCUGGCAGACCGGGGACUCCUUACCGAAAUCGUGUUGACACUCCUGCGAGGUGGCAAUAUCGAUAGAUUGGUGUUAGGUCCUACGAUGUGCGAGGAAGAUGGGCUAAAUUUACAUUCAGGCAAUCUUUUACGCGUAUUCAGCAAACCUGGUUACUACUUGACGCUCAAGGAGCUAGUCCUCGAUGGCGCCCACUUGGAACGCGAUUUCGACCUCGUUCACAUCCAACAACUUCCUAACCUAGAAAGACUCCAUCUCGAGGGGACUGAUAUCGGAAACGAAGCAGUAUUCUUACUGGUCACCCUCAAAGAGAAGUUGUAUUAUCUGAACCUUGCACACAAUCCGAAGAUCGACGACGACGCAAUACCUGCUAUCCUCCUACUUACCAACCUAGGAUAUCUUUCGAUUCAGGCAACUGGAGUCGAAAUGCCUGGCUUUCGUCGGCUCGCAGCAGUAAUCCACGCCGAGGAUCGCGUCAUUGACAUUGAAAUUCCAUUCAGAUGCGAGAAAUACAUCGAUAACUUGCACAAGCAAUACCUCGUCGAUCCUGCGUUGCCUCUCGUCACUGAUCCCUCUGCAUGUCCAUUGUUAUCAGAUGUCGCGCUCAUCCGCAACCUUCAAGCUCACGCCGACGUCAACCCCUCGAUUGUACCGACAGGAACGCGUUUAGAGAUGAUCGAGAGAUUGAAGAAGCUCUUGGAACGAAGGCAGAUGGACCUUGUUAGAGUGACACAAGGAUACCGUGAUGCUGCUGCGUACACUGCAAUGGAAUUGGAAAUACGUCGAAAGUACACGUUCUCUGUCGACUAA